GUGGACAUUUGUCAUUUCUUGAACAUUUUUUCAAAUAAGUAGUAUCAUCUUUUGAAUUCACGAAUAUGUUUUCCACAGUUGGCAAUGAGGCUGGCCCAUGAGGGCGCUGGUCUCCCAUAGGACUAGGAGGUCGUGUCUCGGCCGGUUGGCCCAACCAGAUCUCGCCGCCGUCCCGUCCAUCGCCGUCGCCGCUCCUCUCUUCCUCCGCCGCCGCCGUCAUCAUCAUCGCCUUCCUCCUCCUCACCCACAUCCCAUCUACACCCACAUCCUAUCACCACCUGCAGCAGCAGACCAUGAAGACCAAUACUGAGUCCUCCGGCGACCUCUUCCACCUCCAGAUGCGCAGCGCCAUCGACGCCGUCCGCCUCCUGCGCAGCGCCAUCGAGAUCAAGAGGCAGGCAGGCAGGUGUAUGUUGAAGGAGAGGUGGAGAAGCUCUAGGCAAAGUACAGCAGCCUGCAUUCCCUGAAUGAGUUUCAGGGGCUGUGGAACAAAGGCAACAACUGUUUCUUUCUUGGAGAUGAGAUGAAGAGGCGUGGAGUUUGAUGGCUCCAUGCGCGAGCUGGUGCUCUUCCUCAAGGGGAGGAAGAAGAAGAAGAAGGCCGAGGUGCUCCGCUGAUCCAUUUUCCGGCAUAAGGUCAUGGGAAUCAAAUCAAAGAGGGAGGGCAAGAAGGCCCAAGAGGCGCUCCACUCACUAGGCAGGGCUGCACUGGAAGCAAGCAUCGGUAUGUGGAAAAAGCUGGAGAUGCAAAGGCAAAGCAAAGCUCUCAGGAAAGGAGAAAGGUGGCAUGGCUGUUGCAUGGAGUAAAAGUGAAACCAACUAAGCAAAUCUCACUCACACACCAUCACCCAACAGAGCAGAGCAGAGCCAAGUCCAACUGUACUGUGGUCAUCCUACAUGUGCCCCAUGUGCGCAGCAACUACACCAAACAACUACUCGUCCCCGUAUCUCUUUCAUUCUUUCUUACCCAACACUCCUCCUCCUACCAGGCAGGCAGCAGGCAGCAGGCAGGGCCUCAUAUACAAAAGGGCUUGGUCUCUUCUCAACCCAGAGCUAGCCAGGGAAGACCAAGCACAGCAAUACCUGAUAGUGAGUGAUAAUCUUUCCAGAAGCAGCAGCAGAAGAAGGUUGAUCAGACUGUACACACAACCAUACAUGUCGUUGGAGGAUCCACGGAGCGCGAUGGAGGGGAGGGCGAGGAGGCGCGCCAGCCCGUCCGGGAUGCGCACCAAGGCAGUCAGGGUGGAGCCGGAGCCACAACCCACCAGGAGGCACCAGCCAGGGACGAGGGUGGCGGUGGUCUACUACCUGUGCCGGAACCACCACCUGGAGCACCCGCACUUCAUGGAGGUGCCACUCGCCUCCCCACAAGGCCUCUACCUGCGAGAUGUGAUUGGCCGGCUGGACGCCCUGAGAGGGAAGGGCAUGGCCGCCAAGUAUUCCUGGUCCUGCAAGAGGAGCUACAAGACUGGAUUCGUGUGGCACGACCUUUCCGCGGAUGAUCUGCUGCUGCCCACGCAAGGAACAGAGUACGUCCUCAAGGGCUCCGAGCUCCCAUUCGACCACUCAAAGCCUCUGCCAAUGCCGGAUCAUCAGCAGAACAAUGCAGUAUGUGCAAAGGUUCAGCCCUGCAAGCCGGCUCGACAACAAGACUCGCCUCCUUCUCCUGGAUCGUCAAACCAAGGGUGGACUUCCAAGUCUCCGUCUCCUACUCCUACAACUUACCCUGCAGUUCCAGUCAUCAAAGAGGAAGUACCACCGCCGCCGCCGUCACCACGGCCACCAACAGCAACAACUCGUGCUGCUGUUGUUCCAGCCAUGAAAGAUGUCGCAGUGCCACCGCGACUUCCCCAGCUGGUCUCGCCGUCCACACCGUCUGCCUCCACCAUUGGGGACGAAGAGCAAUGCAGAAUACCACCGCAUUCAGGCUCCUCGAGCAACUCGUCGCCCAAGACAAGCAUGGCUUCCUCAGACACAAGCUCACCCAGCCCCCCCAAACCCGCAGCGGCAGGGAGCGACGCGGCCACACAGACGGAUGAUAAAGCGCGGUGGGACGACGUGAAGCUGCAACACAGACAGGGAACAGCAAGAGCAUCAUCAUCAUCAUCGCUGGAAGGGCCAGAGAUCGUCGUGGACGAGGAAGAAUCCCGUUGCUCGCGUGCGCCGGCAGGGGAGGACCAGCCUCGCAGCAGGAGGAGCGGGACCCUGCAGUCUCUGAUACGGGCGGAGGCGGCCGGCAGGAGGAGGUGCCUUCCUCUGCCGGUGGAGGACGACAGGGCUGCUGCUGCCACGGGCGGCUCCGUCAGCGGCAGGCUGAAGCCGGCCAACCUGCUGAUGCGCCUCAUGGCCUGCGGGCCGAGCCACCCCGGCGGCUUCGGCUUGGUGCAGACCUCGUCGUCGUACAAGCCGUGUUUCCCGCAGCUCGAGUACCCGUCGUCUCCGGAGCUGUCUCCUCUCGGCGCGCUCAAGCCUGCAGAAAAUUGCAGCGGGCGCCUGCUCGACGGCGCACUUAAACGCUCUUCUUCUUCGUCGCGCAGUCACCAGGAAGGAGUUACUUGCGAAGAAGAAGAAGCGUGGCCGAAGGGGUUUAACAACAACCUGCCGAAGAGGACGAGCGAUCCGCCGUCGGGGAGGACGGCCUCUUGUUCAAAGGCGGUGUCGUUCCGGGACGAGUAGGCGAUGAAGAUGGAAGAAAAUAUGGUAUAGAAAGUGGUGUGGUACUCUGUUUUAGCAUCUGUGUUAGUCCAUAUUUGAGGAUGUAUGCAAUUGCAAUGCAACCAACUGAUGAUGAAGCACCGCAGGAAGGAACGCUUCAGGAGCUCAUCCACUGCAUAAUGAAUUGCUUCAAGAAACUCAGCAGUACCAUCUGUUUCGGUUUGGUUCUUCUUCUUCUUCUUGGCCAUCUUCUUUUUUUCUUGCUUGGCUGUGCGUAGGUAAUAAACACUGCAAGAUGUUGUUGAUCGGGAGAUUACUACUCCCUCGUUCCAUAAUUCUUGUCAUGGUUUGAAGCGCGACAAGAAUUAUGGAACGGAGGGAGUGGCUAGCUAUAUAUGUUGGCAGUUAGUUGUUACAGAAUGUGGCAGGUAGUACUAGGUAUAUAUGUUGGUGGUAACUUGUUGUGAAAAUAAUAAUGAAAAUGUUGUUGUUGUUGUACUA